UUCUUUUUGUUCCUCUGACUAUAAUCUACUUUUUAUUUUGUUGAUUCUUCUGCUUGAUAAUGUCUGCUCUUGGACCCCUCUAGUUAAUAUUUCAGUUCAGUUAUUGUACUCUUCAGCUCCAGUAUUUCUCUUUUGUUCUUUAUCAUUUCAAUCUCUGGGUUGAAUUUCUCACUUCAUUCAUCUAUUAUUUUACUGACCUCAUAUAGUUAUGUAUCUCUGCUGUAAUUUAACUCACUGAUCUUUAAGAUGAUUAUUAUGACUUCCUUCUCAGGUGAUUCACAGGUCUCCAUUUCUUUUGGGUUGGCUACUGAAUAUUUGUUUUCUUCCUUUGUGUCAUGGUUUCUUCUUGAUUCUUCAUGCUAUUUGUAGGUUUGCUUUGCUGUCUGUGAAUUGAAGUAGUAGGUAUUUCUCUCAGUCUUUAUGAGUUAGUCUUGACUGGGAAAGACCUUCAUCCAUUAGCUGUGCUCCACAUGAGACAAGAUCAGGACUGACCCCUACAGGAGUGUACCAUAAGGUUGGUGACAAGUACAUCUUCUCUUCUCUCUCUCUCUCCACAGAAAAGCGUCUCAGUCAUACAGAUCAGAUGUAAGAGGAUGUCUGCCUCAUUGCUUUCUCAGAUGAUCAGCACCUCAGUAUGAGACAAGAUGGCUACUAGCUCCUUGGAAAACUCCCUGAGAGGUCAGGAGGUCAAGUAGCCAAUCUCACUUCCCAUGAAGAAAUAAUCAGUCAGGGCAACUGAGCUGAGCUGGUCUGGGGGAAGGGCUGAUAAGUUGAAAAUUGUUCUUACCCGUAUAAAUGCAGCUGCUCUCAGUUUGUGCUCCUCUGGGGUUGCUUGCAAUUAUUAGUUUGAUUAUGGAUUUAUCUUCAAGGUAUUUUGGUUCCAGUAUUGUUGUUACAUGUUUUCAUGAGUGAACAGAGAGGUAGGGCUUCCUACUCUGCCGUUUUACUGACAUUCUCUGUGAUAUAUUACUUAUUGAAUCUUAAAAUACAAAUAAGGUAGCUCUGAAUUGCUAAUUCAGACCCCUGUGGAAAACAGAUUUACUAACUGAGUUGUUUUUGUGUGAUUCUUUUAUAUUUAGGCUUAGAUUAUAUGUUCAAAAUACUGUUUUCCAAAUUCACUUAGAUGAGUUAUUUUUAUCUUUCAAUAUGGUUUUGUUAUUCAUUUGUAAUACAGUUAAAAAGCAACCAUUUUUGUCACCUUAAAGUGUAAUGUUAGCUUUGGCGUUUUUGUAGAUGCCCUUUAUUAGGCUGAAAAUUUUUCUUGGUCUUAUUGAACUUCAUUGAAAACAAUCAUGGUUAAUGAAUUUUGUCAGAUUCCUUUUCUGCAUCUCAUGAGAUCAUCUGAUUUUCUGGCCUGCCAAUAUGUUGCAUUAAAUUGAUUUACAUUUGAAUAUCUCACGUUUCUGGGAUAUGUUCUAACUUGGUGUAUUAUCUCUUCAUAUAUAGAGGUAUACAUAUGUAUGUGUGUAUAUGUAUAUCACUGUAUUCAUUUUGCUAAAAUUUUAUUAAGGGUUUGUAUUAACUCUGCUCUCCAACCAGCCUGUGAUAGCUGAGGGCCCAGAGUGCCUUAAAUGGAUUUACCUUUACCCCUUUGCCCUGCCACUUGCCUUUGGGGAUGGCUGCCUUGGUCAUCAGGGAGGCUACAUGUACCUCAGUGAUCCUGCCUUAUCCCAGCCUUUAAUAUACUAUGGUCUGGUAUUAGGUGACGACUUGUGAGAGUCUGUGGAUGGAUUCAUCACUGUGAUUUCUGUAACUGAGAUGUCUCAGAAUUCUAAUGUGGUCUAUCAGCCACACUCUGCUGUCAAAUUUUGGUAAGAUUUAAUGAUGAUUUCUUUAUACCUUCAUGUGUGGCAGAUUCCUUCUCUCAGCACUCAUUCAAGAUUGAGAAAAAUCAUGAGUAUAUUCUUUCUUAGCAAAGCUUAUUAUUUAGGUGUAUCUGCAUUCUUGGCUCUCUGAUGUAUUUUUAAAAGGUAUGAUUUUAUAACUAUGUGGCUUGUGUUUUAAGAGAGAAGGAUCAACCCUUGGAAGUUUUACAUUCUAAUAUGAAUGUAUGAGAAUAUUUAUUUUGGUUUUUGUUUUGUUGUGUUUUUGAGACGAGGUCUCUGUUGCCCAGGCAGGAGUACAGUGGCAAGAUCACGGUUCACUGCAGUGUUGACCUCCCGAGGCUCAGGUCUUCCUCCCACCUCAGUCCCCUGAGUAGCUUGGACUAUAGAGAGAUGGCUAAUGAAUGGCGCUUGAUGACAGAUGAGUAAUGCCUGUUGCUUAAAGAUUGACGGUAUGAGACAAGACUCCCAUUACUACUUAAUCAAGAGGAAUUGAGAUUGACCUACCCAUAAGUUCAGACAAUGUCUCGAAGAGACUUUGGGAACAAGAUAUUCAGGUACAUUUCACUGUUAGACUCACAGGAUGCUGGCCAUUGAUCUUUCCCUUUGUGGUAAGUCCAUGUUAAUGGUCCUUCAAGACCCUGCUUUAACCAGGCUGUGAACAGCUUGUCUUGUGAUUAGGGUUUAGGGUCUAAGUGGCCCUGCUUUUGAGAUAUCUAGAAGGGGCUAAAGGAGAUAUGAAUAUUCUGUGGUCUAAAUCCUGGGAUUUGGGAAGGAGGGGUAAGUACACAGGCUUUUGAGAUACCUAGAAGGUGCUAAAGUAGAUAUGAAUAUUCUGUGGUUUAAAUCCUGGGAUUUGGGGAGGAGGGGUAAGUAUGCAGGCUUUUGUGGAAGAGGUUCAGCUUAAUCACAUGAUGAGUUUCAUUUUUGGCAAAUAAGAAGGAAAAUGUUAACUUCUCCAGACUUUUUAUUCCUUAUAAAAUGGAAUUGUUAAACUCUCUUUCCUGGUCAUCAAAGCCUGAAGCAUAUUUUCUGGCUUCAGGUGAGUCACGCUGCUCAGGCAUUUUAUUGUAAUAAUGUAUGUGUGUCCGCUUAGUAUUAGUAUGAGGUGGCUUCUUGGCCUGUGAGUAUGGAAGCUAUCAGCAGCCUGGAUUCUCAAGUUUUAUUUCUUCUUCUCAAGAUCAUCUUUCUCAAGACUUCUUCUGUCUUGAUGAGGCAAAAUUUGAAGAGGAAAGGAUGGUGGCUGGGUGGUUGACAAGUUACUCUCAGGUGACGUGUGUUUUUCCCCUGGCUGCUUUGGAAAUUAUGGAAAAAAAUCAAAUACCAAGGAAGAAAAAUCUAUAAUGAAAUUAGAUGUGGAUUUCUUUUUAUGUAUUCAGCUUGGGGCUUAUAAUACUUCCAGUACCCAAAGCUCUGCCUGCUUAGGACUCUGCCCAGCCAGGAAGGAAACCUACAGGAGGAAGAAUGGCUGCAGGGUGGCUGACAACCUGGUCACAGAACUCCGUGACCUUCCAGGAAGUGGCAGUGGACUUUUCCCAGGAGGAGUGGGCAUUGCUGGACCCUGCUCAAAAAAAUCUAUACAAAGAUGUGAUGCUGGAGAACUUUAGGAACCUGGCCUCAGUGGGGUAUCAGCUCUGCAGACACAGUCUGAUCUCCAAGGUGGAUCAAGAAGAGCUGAAGACAGAUGAAAGAGGAAUUCUACAAGGUGACUGUGCAGACUGGGAAACUCGACUUAAAUCAAAAGAUGCAAUUGCUGUGCAGAACAUUCCUGGGGGAAAAACAUCCAAUGGCAUAAACAUGGCAGAAAAUCAACCUGGUAAGAACUCCCUGGAAUGUAACCAUUGUGGGAAAUUCAGAAAGAACACUCUCUUUAUUUGUACAAGAUAUUGCAAGGGAGAGAAAUGCUAUAAAUAUACAGAGUAUGGCAAAGUCUUCAACCAUCCCUCAACUCUUAGGAGUCAUGUGAGCAUUCACAUUGGAGAGAACACUCUUGAAUUUACUGAUAGUGGAAAAGCUUUCAAUCAAGAGUCAUCCCUUGGGAAACACUUAAGAACUCCCACAGGAGAGAAGUGUCAUGAGUAUGAUCAAUGUGAUAUGUCCUUCAGCCUACACUCUUCCUGCUCAGUGCAUGAGCAAAUACCUACUGGAGAGAAAGGCGAUGAAUGCAGUGACUAUGGCAAAAGAUCUCCCCUUAGUGUCCACAGAAAAACUGGUAGUGUGGAGGAGGGUCUGGAAUGUAAUGAACAUGAGAAAACGUUCACUGACCCUUUGUCCCUUCAGAACUGUGUCAGAACUCACACUGGAGAGAUGCCCUAUGAAUGCAGUGACUGUGGGAAAGCCUUCAUUUUUCGGUCUUCCCUUAAGAAACACAUGAGAUCUCAUACUGGAGAGAAGCCUUAUGAGUGUGAUCACUGUGGAAAAUCCUUUAGCCAGAGCUCUCAUCUGAAUGUGCACAAAAGAACUCACACUGGAGAGAAACCCUAUGACUGUAAAGAAUGUGGGAAGGCUUUCACUGUUCCUUCAUCCCUUCAGAAACAUGUGAGAACCCACACUGGAGAGAAACCGUAUGAAUGCAGUGACUGUGGAAAAGCCUUCAUUGAUCAGUCAUCCCUUAAGAAACACACACGCUCUCACACUGGAGAGAAGCCUUAUGAGUGUAACCAGUGUGGAAAAUCCUUCAGCACAGGCUCUUACCUUAUUGUGCACAAGAGAACUCACACUGGUGAGAAAACCUAUGAGUGUAAAGAAUGUGGGAAGGCCUUUAGGAAUUCCUCUUGCCUGAGGGUACACGUGAGAACUCACACUGGAGAGAAGCCUUAUAAAUGUAUUCAGUGUGAAAAAGCCUUUAGCACAAGCACUAACCUUAUAAUGCACAAGCGAAUUCACACUGGCCAGGAACUCCAUGAAUGAAAUGACGACAGGAAAGUGUUUGUUGCCCCUGAUGCCUCCUUUCUCACUUUAGAACAUACAUUGCAGAGAAGCCCUGUUAUGGCCACAUGGAAACAGCCUUCUGGCCCAACUCUGGCUGGCUGUUACACUGGGACAAACCUUAUGUUAUAGUGCUGAUUGUUUUUGUCAGUGAAUAUUUCAUUCUUAUAUGUGUCACAACUUAUAUUAUGUAGAUCUUAUAGUUAUCUUUUCAGUUUAAUUCCAUUGUGAACAGAGUACAUGGUCUGCAAUAUGUAGAUUCUUUGUGAUAUAGAUUUGAACAUAAUUGCUGGACACUGAUGUACUGAGGCAGACAGAACUAGUUGCUGUCUCAAUAUCCAUUCCUCCCUUCUUUAAGUAAUAAAAUUGACUAUUUAGUUCAA